CCUGCCCACCUCUGCCAUGGGCCUCCAGCUCAGUGGCCCUGCCAUCCGGCGCCCCCUGCCACUUCUCACGCUUUUUCUUUCUUUCUGUCCGUCUGUGUCCCCAGGUAAAGAUGAGCCUUCCAGCUACAUUUGCACAACAUGCAAGCAGCCCUUCAACAGCGCGUGGUUCCUGCUGCAGCACGCGCAGAACACACACGGCUUCCGCAUCUACCUGGAGCCUGGGCCGGCAAGCAGCUCGCUCACGCCGCGGCUCACCAUCCCACCGCCGCUCGGGCCCGAGGCCGUGGCGCAGUCCCCUCUCAUGAAUUUCCUGGGCGACAGCAACCCCUUCAACCUGUUGCGCAUGACAGGUCCCAUCCUGCGGGACCACCCGGGCUUUGGAGAGGGCCGCCUGCCCGGCACACCGCCGCUCUUCAGCCCACCACCACGCCACCACCUGGACCCGCACCGCCUCAGUGCCGAGGAGAUGGGGCUUGUCGCCCAGCACCCCAGUGCCUUUGACCGAGUCAUGCGCCUGAACCCCAUGGCCAUUGACUCACCCGCCAUGGAUUUCUCGCGGCGGCUCCGCGAGCUGGCGGGCAACAGCUCCACGCCGCCGCCCGUGUCGCCGGGCCGUGGCAACCCUAUGCACCGGCUCCUGAACCCCUUCCAGCCCAGCCCCAAGUCCCCUUUCCUGAGCACGCCGCCACUACCCCCAAUGCCCCCCGGCGGCACGCCACCACCGCAGCCACCGGCCAAGAGCAAGUCGUGCGAGUUCUGCGGCAAAACCUUCAAAUUCCAGAGCAAUCUCAUCGUGCACCGGCGCAGCCACACGGGCGAGAAGCCCUACAAGUGCCAGCUGUGCGACCACGCGUGCUCGCAGGCGAGCAAGCUCAAGCGCCACAUGAAGACGCACAUGCACAAGGCCGGCUCGCUGGCCGGCCGCUCCGACGACGGGCUCUCGGCUGCCAGCUCCCCGGAGCCUGGCACCAGCGAGCUGGCCGGCGAGGGCCUCAAGGCGGCCGAUGGUGACUUCCGCCACCACGAGAGCGACCCAUCGCUGGGCCACGAGCCCGAGGAGGAGGAUGAGGAGGAGGAGGAAGAGGAGGAGUUGCUGCUGGAGAACGAGAGCCGGCCCGAGUCGAGCUUCAGCAUGGACUCGGAGCUGAGCCGCAACCGGGAGAACGGUGGUGGCGUGGCCGUGGUGCCGGGAGCUGGCGGUGGCGUGGGUGGUGCGGCUAAGGCGCUGGCGGAUGAGAAGGCGCUGGUGCUGGGCAAGGUCAUGGAGAACGUGGGCCUGGGCGCGCUGCCGCAGUAUGGCGACCUGCUGGCCGACAAGCAGAAGCGUGGCGCCUUUCUAAAGCGCGCGGCCGGAGGUGGCGACCCAGGUGACGACGACGAUGCGGGCGGCUGCGGUGACGCAGGAGCCGGCGGCACGGUGAACGGGCGUGGCGGGGGCUUCGCACCAGGCGCUGAGCCUUUUCCUGGGCUCUUCCCGCGCAAGCCCGCGCCGUUGCCCAGCCCUGGGCUCAACAGCGCGGCCAAGCGCAUCAAGGUGGAGAAGGACCUGGAGCUGCCACCCGCGGCGCUCAUCCCGUCGGAGAAUGUGUACUCGCAGUGGCUCGUGGGCUACGCGGCAUCGCGGCACUUCAUGAAGGACCCCUUCCUGGGCUUCACGGACGCGCGCCAGUCGCCCUUCGCCACGUCGUCCGAGCACUCGUCUGAGAACGGCAGCCUGCGCUUCUCCACGCCACCCGGGGAUCUGCUGGACGGUGGCCUCUCGGGCCGCAGCGGCACGGCCAGCGGUGGCAGCACACCACAUCUGGGUGGCCCGGGCCCCGGGCGGCCCAGCUCCAAGGAGGGCCGGCGCAGCGACACGUGCGAGUACUGCGGCAAGGUGUUCAAGAACUGCAGCAACCUGACGGUGCACCGACGGAGCCACACCGGCGAGCGGCCUUACAAGUGCGAGCUGUGCAACUAUGCGUGCGCGCAGAGCAGCAAGCUCACGCGCCACAUGAAGACGCACGGGCAGAUCGGCAAAGAGGUGUACCGCUGCGACAUCUGCCAGAUGCCCUUCAGCGUCUACAGCACCCUGGAGAAACACAUGAAAAAGUGGCACGGCGAGCACUUGCUGACUAACGACGUCAAAAUCGAGCAGGCCGAGAGGAGCUAAGCGCACGUGGGCCAGGCGCCCCGCACCUGUACAGUGGAACCGUUGCCAAGCGAGAGAAUGCUGACCUGACUUGCCUCAGUGUCACCGCCAUUUAGCACCCCGCACGUCCCCGGGGCCCAGGGGAGGCGACACUCCAACCUAACCUGUGUCUGAGAAGUCCUAUGGAAACCCGAGGGUUGAUUAAGGCAGUAAAAAUUGUGGAGCCUUUUAACUGUGCAAUAAUUUCUGUAUUUAUUGGGUUUUGUAAUUUUUUGGCAUGUGCAGGUACU